AUGACACCCGUGAAGACGCCCAAAGGAGACUUCCGCAAGGACAUGAGUGUUUUCACUCGCGCAACUUUCAGUCCCACGUUCAAGGUCGAGACCAUCCUUGAAAUCGACGAGACCGCCAAUCCAUUGUUCUCACAAUCCAAGUACAACCUGGAUGGAGUCAGAGUCAAAGACAAGGACUCGGCGACCGAGACCCAACAAGCGUCCCACCCAUGGUUUCAUCACUGGUUGAAGAGCGGGGCUACCUACCAGCAGCAACUCCCGGCAUUUGCAGCCGCUCGCGAGAACCUCGAGGCGCAGUGGAAGAAGACACAGCGUACGACGGCGGUGAAUGAGGCGGCCGACCCAGAGCGCUUCGAUGCCAUCAACGCUGUGUAUACUGCGGCAUCCGAGGGUCUGAAGAAGCUGAAGACCAGCGCUGCCACCGAAUCUGAACAUGUCGUGGCGCAUCUGGACGGUUUACCGGAGGGCCUCGAGGGUCCCACUGACGAUGAGAAAAAGGCCACCGAGAUAUUCAACAUUCUCUCGAAAUUCUACUGGGAUAUGGACAGGACCGAGCCCUCAGUGGAACAGACCCAGAAGGCAGACGCCGCGCGAACAACGUUCAAAGAGCGGCCGCCUCAGAUAAAGGGCGUGAGGGUCGAGUCCCUGGCCAGUCUUCUUGAGAUCCUGUUUCCGGAGGACGAGGAGUUCGAGACUUCACCAAGCCAGAUAUCUUCGAGUCUUCCUCUGGCACGAGAUAUGGAGGUAGAGCUGGUACAGCCAUUACCGGAGGCUCAAGAGGUGAACCCUGCUCCGAGCUGUCAGCGAUUAGAACAGCACCAGCCAUUGGUACCUUUGCCAUGCACGCGGCAGCAUGCAGGGGGUGAGACGUGUUCAUCCACCAAGUACUGCGGUAUCGAUCCUAGUGAUCGUCGAUCGCUUCUGCAAGUGUCCGUGGCUAUUGGUGGCGUCCCAGCCGUUGGGCGUAAAGAUGGUGAAUUGCCACCCGGACUGUCCGUAAUUAUAGUGUGCAAAGAUUGA